GUCCUGGACUGCCUGAACACCACUGAAUGGGGUGACACCUUGGUGAAGAUCUUUUCAAGGUGCCUGCGGAGCAAGCGCACAGAGAUGCGUCGCCUGGUGCUCAGAGGCCUCGUGGUGCUGAGCAAGAAUCCUGUGAUGGCUGACGGCAUGCGGAGCCUGACACCAAACCUCGUGGACCUACUGUGGGAUACAGACGGAGAGCUGGUCAGGAUGGCCCUCUCUGUACUCAUGAAUGAAAUCCAGGACAGAGACAUCCCAAUCUCCACCCCCACUGCCCUGCAGCUGGCGGAGAUGCUCCAGCCACUCUUUGGCCACGACAACAUCCACGUGCAGCUGCUCUCCAUUUCCCUCUUCCAAAAGGUGAUGGAGUUGGCAGUGGAGGAGAGUAAAAAACUCCUGAAGACCCAAGUGAUCUACAGCCUGCUCCCACUUUUUUUCCAAUGGCAUAAUGAGAACCAGGAUGUGGCAGAAGCCUCUCGGGAAGCGCUGCUUCGUGCGGCGCGGUUUCUGAAGAGGAGAGAUCUUGUGAAGCUGCUGAAGGCAGAGCAGCCUUGGAGGUUCAGUAAGUGCCUGCUGAAAAAGGACCGGAGCCAAGUGGUCCAGUACGUGCACCAGGCCCUGCCGUACUUGAAGAACCCACAGCAGCCCCUGCGAGAGGCGGCCCUCAAGUUCAUGGGUGAGCCACAAGUUCCCUCCCCGCCCCACUGCAGCUCGGCCCCAGCCCCGGCUGCUGCAGCGGCAGCAGGAUGCGGCCCCGGGAUGUGCUGUGGAGCCCCGAGUGCCCUGGCGGCUGCUGCCGCCCUGUGCCAGCCCAGCCCUGGGGCGUCCCGAGGCGGGAAGGCCCCGGGCUCAGCCCUGCCAGGGCAGGAGGGCGUGUGGCCGGGCCGGCAGCACCGCCGGGGGGGAGCUGUGCCGCUGGGGCCCUGA